AUGAUCAAUAACCCUGAAGUAAACAGUGUAGCGGAGAAAUCCAAAGCGAUACUUUUCAAGCACAAGGAGCAAGCGGCUUCGCCAGAACCGAAAGCGGUUCCACCUGUCUCUAGACAACAGUAUCCUAUUACUUUCAAUUUAACGUCGACCUCACCCUUUCAUCUUCAUGAUCGUCAUCGUUACUUACAAGAUCACGAUCUUUACAAGUGCGCUUCUAGGGAUUCGCUGUCCUCCUUACAGCAACUUGCCCAUACACCUAAUGGGUCAACCAGGAAGAAGUAUAUUGUUGAGGAUCAGUCCUCAUAUUGUCCGGAAGAUCCAGUCAUGGUGGCUUCCGCAUUCAACUACACGAGUUGCACGAACUACCUGAAACCAAGAAUGCAGUUCACCGGUUACCAGAUAUCAGGUUACAAACGCUAUCAGGUUACAGUUAACUUGAAAACCGUUAAUUUGCCAACAGGUCACUGUUCGUCACUUUCUCCUCAUUUAUCUGGUUUUUUGUCGAUAAGAGGUCUUACCAACCAACACCCGGAAAUCAGUACAUAUUUUGAAGCUUACGCCGUAAAUCACAAAGAACUAGGCUUUUUGUCCUCUAGUUGGAAAGACGAACCUGUUUUAAACGAAUAUAAAGCCACAGAUCAAACUGAUUUGGAACACUGGAUAAAUUUCCCCUCUUUUAGACAACUUUUUUUAAUGAGCCAAAAGAAUAAUCUCAAAGCAACAGAUGACAGCUCCGCUUCGGAUGUGGCCAAGAAUCCACAAUCACACCAACAACUACCCACUACAUUGAGUACAGAUGCUUCCAACAUAUCAAGGAUUUUCAGUCAAGAGAAACAAUUCGAUGAUUACUUGAAUGAAAGGUUUAUAUUCAUGAAAUGGAAGGAGAAAUUCUUGGUGCCAGAUGCCUUGCUAAUGGGAGGUGUGGAUGGUGCGUCCUACGAUGGGUUUUAUUACAUUGUCCACGAUCAAGUUACUGGUAACGUUCAAGGGUUUUACUAUCACCAGGAUGCCGAAAAAUUUCAACAACUAGAAUUAGUACCAUCCCUGAAAAGCAAAUUCGAAUCCAGUGAUUGUUCUUUUGAGUUUGCUUGA